AUGACUAGUGUAGAUAUUAAACAACUCAUUAGAAAUAGAGGAUCUAUAAAAAAACGUUUAACAACAUUUGAAAAAUAUAUAGUUUCAAUCAAGGACGGUUUAAUCUCGCCUGAUUCAAUAGAUGUUCAAUUACGAUACGACAACAAUAUCAAUCUAAUUCAUGAAUUUGAAAAUAUACAAAAAUUAAUAGAAGAACAUUGUACAGAAGAAGAACUUAAAAUACAGUUUGAAGAACGAGAGCCUUUUGAAAAUAAAUAUUAUAGUAAUUUAUCAUUUCUAAAAGACUACAUUUCAAAAAGAACAAGUCCUACAGCAAUAGAAAAUUCUUCAUCAAUCAAAGAUUCAUUAUCAAACUUCUUACUUCCUAAAAUCAAAUUACCUGUUUUUAAUGGUGAGUAUGAUCAAUGGCUAGAAUUUAAAAAGAAUUUUAUGUCAACAAUUGAUUCAAACACCUAUCUAAAUGAUAUUCAAAAAUAUAAUUUUUUGAACGCUGCUCUAGAAGGUUAUGCAAAACGAGUAAUCUCUGGAUGUGAUGAAUCUCAAGAUUAUCAGAGAGCUUGGCAAAAACUUUGUGAGAAAUUUGAUAAAACAGUUUUUACUUGA